GAACUGGGUAAAGAUUGCCAAUUGUCAGUAACUUCAUUUGUAAAUAAUAUGUAGGGCAACCUGUAAAGCAAUUGUCCUGUAGAAAUUUGUUUCUUCCGGAACAUUACCUUCACUUCCGUUUCUGAGUGCCCGGAUGAACCUCUGUUGUGAAGAAUAACCUGGAAAUUGUGAUUACUCGUAAUGAACUCAUGGUUUCGCUGAGUGGCGAUGAUCUGUGCUAGAAUGCCUCCCUCGCCAAUAAUUUUACCUAGGAAAUUUCAUGUGUUUCUUGUGUGUAAGAAUUCAGUGGACAAUAUACCGGCCUUUGAACAAGUGAUCGAGCAAACAUGGUUGAAAUGAGAUGAAUUUUACAGCAUGGUUGCCAUUCGGAGGGUGAAACGCUUAAUGCAGUUCUCAGUUCUCGCUGUUUUCCUCGCUACGAUACUACUGUUUCUUCAAUGGAACGAAAUAACGGACUCAGAGGAGCUCAAAACUGCUAAAAGAGCAAAAACGUCCUUUAACGUGGACGACCAAGACCUGGCGAGGACUUUCAUAGACCCUGAACGGGAAUUUGAUGUCAAUGAAAUAUUAAUGGAAUUGAAUGGAAACAGUGAUGCAGCCAGUGAUGAUGAUGAUGACUGGAAAACAGCAUUUAAUGAAAAAGCAAAACAUCAAGUGGAAAAGAAAAAGAAUUUUAAUGGAAAAUGGAGAGAGACCAUUAGUAGAGAGAACAUUGACCAUGGGGACAAAAGAAAACUGAACCAAAUGCCAAAUGAAAGUGAAGCAUUGAAUUUCACCACUCCCAGCACAACUGUCAGUGGAUUAAAGCUGCUCUUUAGUCUUCAAAAUGACACUAUUCAGAGUGUUCACAGUGACAAGGAAAAGGCAUCAGGGAAAGCUUCUCCUAAAAUCCACCGCAAGGAAUCACAUGUUGAUCAUCUUCAAGCGCCUAACCACACCUGGACGAAAUUUCCUUGGAGAAAAAAUAUGGUUGGCUCACUGAAUGUUCACAUUUGGCAAGCAUGUUGUGGUAGCACAACUCAUGAUUUGCGUAGGAACAGAUUUUUCCCGCUGUACCCAGACAUUCGCCUGACCGUUGGAAAGUUCUUUCUUCGUCACAUGCAAGCCGACUACGGACAGAGAAUAUUUGGUUACGUUCACCCCCCUGUUUCAGGGAAGUACACGUUUGCCAUUUCGUCGGACGACAGUUCAGAGCUCUGGUUGAGUUCAGAUGAAAAUCCUUCAAAAGUGAAACUCAUAGCUUGGGUCGGAAAUCGUACGUUGCUCAGUGUCACCUUUAAAACCAAAAUUGCCCAAUUUGAUAAGUACAAAACACAACUGUCACGUCCGGUGCUUCUUCACAAAGGGCAGAAGUACUUCAUUGAGGCUUUGCACAAGCAAGGAAAUCUACAAGAACACAUUUUGGUGGGCUGGAAGAUACCUGGUUCGAAUGAAUUUAGACAUCUUACUGGAUCCUCGAUUUCGGCGGCGAUCAACGAUUCAAUAGCCUCAAAGGAUGUAACAAAGUAUGCUAAUUUUAUACCACAAGAUCUUCCAAGUCACUCGCACUAUAGAACGAACCUUAAACUCGAUCAAAAUGUGUACAAAUUCGGAUCGGAAGAUUUGCGCGAUGUGGCACAUAAAGCAAACUUCGUGGACGAGCGCGAUAUAGAGAACAUAUUCCCAUCUUGUCCCUAUAAUCCCAGCUAUUUGGUAAACUUCAAGUUGAAGCGUUACGAAGGCGUGCAUUUGAUUCACGACACUUCCCGGUAUCCCAACGAUUAUUCCGAGCUGAGUCACAUGAGACAAUACGACCAGUGCGCGCUGAGAAGAAAUCGAGAUUCUCAUGGCAACCAGGUGAGCUCUCCGUCAUCGGAACCGAAUUCUAAACAAAGGCUGCAUGAAGAUUCUCAUGGUAACCCAAAGAGUUCUCUGCCACCAAACCUGAAGUUUAAACAAAGGCUGUAUGAAGAUGGUAGUAUAGCUGUGUUUAAGAACAGUAAGGUAUUUUUGCCUUUGUCUUUUGCGAAAAGUGCAGCAGAGAAGGAGAGAGUUAAAGAGCAGUUACUUGAGGCGCAAAUGGACUUGUUGGAUAUGAAAAGACUCAGUCAACACGCGAACCAGCAGGCCUUCCAGUCAAUGGAAGAUCCAUCUUUUGUGGCCGGUGAUUCUUCAGAGAAAAUUGAUAAAAAGAAAGGUUCUGAGGCGAGGGAAAGACUAAAGAGGAGAGACUCAGACGCCGUUUCUAUAGACAGAGUCAAAAAGAGGACUUUAAGAAAAAGAGAGUCUGUGAGGAAACAAAGGAAUAGUGAAGACAAGAUUAGACAUUCUAACGUAGAGCCUCAGCAACGUUCGCGCGUUGAGGAAGUCGUUAAAAAGAGGCAGUCACGUGAUGCGCCUCUCAGUUCACGUGAAGAAACACCACGUGAUUCUCUCGUGCGCCGAUCAAAUGGUUAUGUGAGUUCAAAAGGUAACCAGCGUAAACUGUUGAGCCUCAAUUCAAAAAGUGCGGGAUCCAUUGACAGUAUCACGGUAACUUCGAAUGCACCAAGGAAUAAUAAGGAAAGAAUUGCUAAUACGUCAUCAUAUGAAGCCAUUCCGACGAGAAGAUUAGCAGGGCGAGUUGCAAAUAGGUCGUUGCAUGAGUUCAUGCCGGCGGAAAAACAAAGCCGCCAAAAAGGGCCUUUCAGAAGUUACCUACCAGUUUCAUAUAAUCUGGCUGAACUGUUUCCUGAGAGAGAGGCGAACUCUAGCCGCAACGGCUUACAGCAGCGCUCCAGAGGACGUAUUUCGUUUUAUCCUGUUGACGAGGAAGACGACCGUAUGACUCGAAUGAACUCCGCGCGAGAGUUUGUACGCAAGAUGAUAUACGCAGUGCAGAUGUACAACCAUCGCGUCAAUUCGCGCACUUUGGCGGAAGGUGUGCGAAGAAAAUUCGGAGUGGCGUUGAAGAUUCCCAACGUAGUUAAAAUCCCUGAUUACAACGGAUGGAUUUUUCAUCAAAACAGGACAAUGUGCGCCAGCGAUGGAAACUUGCUGUUGAAUGAUGCCGUGGCGAACAGUGUUGUGAAUCGAUACAUGCGUGCCUUGAGACAAGCAACAAACAGCAAGUACUCCCUGAAGAACAUCUUAAACGUGGAAGAAAAUCACGAUGUGUUACUAGGGGACAGAUAUCUUAUAGACCUGGAGCUAAAUGUUGAAGGGAAAAAUUCCACAGUGCGCUUGUCACAGUACGUCUAUCAGAAAAUCGGCAAGACGGAUUUCUGUUUGCCAGAAGGAUUUGUGCUGAAUCAACAUGCUACCGUACACAUUAUCAUUCCAGUGAAGAAUCAAGGUAAAUGGGUACAGCAUCUCAUUGACAACAUGGUGGAGCUAUACUUAGAGACAGGCGAUCCGCAUGUAAACAUUAUUAUUGUGGACUUCAGUAGCACGGAUAUUGAUGUGGAAGCUGCCUUAGAACGAAGCCAGUUGAAAAGAUACCAAGUGAGAAAACUAAAAGGACCUUUUCAGAGAGCGUAUGGCAUUCAAGCAGGCGCAGCGUUAGUUAAGAAUCCCCGUGAUAUUAUUUUCAUGUGUGAUCUUCAUCUUCAAAUUCCAAGUAACAUUGUCGACAUUAUUAGAAAGCACUGUGUUCAACGGAAGAUGGCGUUUGCUCCAAUAGUUGCUCGACUUCAUUGUGGCUUUUCUCCUUCACUGCCCUUUGGUUUUUGGGAGCUUCAAGGUUACGGUCUAUUCGCCAUGUACAAGUCAGAUUUCACUCGAGUUGGUGGAAUGAACUACAAGGAGUUCAGGACCACAUGGGGAGGGGAGGACUGGGAACUUCUGGACAGAGUUCUUCAGGACAAGAUGGAAGUGGAGAGGUUACGUGUGCCGAAGUUUUAUCAUUAUUUUCACUCAAAGAAAGGAAUGUGGGGAAGCAGGAACUUGUUCAACUCCUACAGGAAGGAUAUGUUCGAUAGCUAUGAUCACCAAGGCGACACCGACGUCAUCACGCUUUAUAGCAAGAGCAAGGAAAGAGCAGAAGAUUAUCAACGACUUCCUUCUAACGAAAGGAGCCACGGCAGAUAACGUUUGGUUAGAUCUUACUCAAUUAGGAAUGCUUGGUCCUUUAUUGUGACUCCUUUUCGGAAUGUUUAAGAAUUCGGCUGUGGCUUAAUGAUGAGCCCGCGAGACUCCGCAUACGAUUGAUUUUUAGCUAGGGUCAGAGUGUUGUCCCCUGGUUAGACAAUUUCGUCUCAGAGUGCUUCUUCCUACCCAAGAUGGAUGGGUAUGACUCGGUACGACUGCGUAUGGGAAACCUGUGGAAAUGCGUGGAGGGUGGUUAACCUGUGAUGUACUAGUAUUCCAUCCAGGGGUAGAAUCAACACCGCUUGCGCUUCUAGUCAUGGGAACCGCGUUUUAUCUCCAGCAGCCGUGUAAGUUUGUCGCGAAUGCAGGUUUUACAUUUUUACUUUCAUGAUCAAAAGGGUGAAUUCAUGAGAAACUUUCAAAUAUUAUUUAAACCCAUGUCGGUAUGUCUUUCUGUUUAAACAAGUUAACUCAAAUAAACUGAUGUGCCAAUCCAGGAUAACUUUGUUAAAGGAAAUCCAAGGCGCUUUUCAAUAAGACCAAAAGUGUUUAGUUUAAAUUAACUCCAGGAUUGUGCUCUACACUAUCGUUAUUUAAAGGUACAAUCGUAACCCCCACCCCACCCUCCCUUUCGUAAACUUUCUUUCAAAAAUGACAAAGGUGAACGUUGCAGAAUCUCGACUUGUAUUUAUAUUUAUCCCGGGGAUUUUCGAGCCAUUCCUUGAUAUUUUAUUCUAUUUGGGGCACCGGAAAUAUUGUAGGGGAGUUCUAUCAGUCAUCGAUACGAUUCCAAUCAAGGAAAGGACUCACCUUAAAAACAAACCUGCAGUAAUGCUAGAUGGAAACAGCUGAAACAUUUUGCUACCUUUUUUACAUUAAAAUUUCUAAGUUUUCCAGCAGGGUGAAAUGAUUUAGUUGUAAGCGAAGACCUUUAGAUUUCAAGACGUGUGUUAGAUUUCAAGACGUGUGUGUAAGUUCAAGAUUUUCCCGCGAAAAUACGGUAGAGCUGCAGUAUUUUGGCGGGAAAAACGCGGUUGCCAUCCUCCCUCUGGAACAAAAUACUUAACGCUUGACAGUUAUGCACUUUUUCGAUCAGGCACGGGGUGGAUUGUGUGCAAACUUUGUUGCUCACCAAUAGUACCGUGAAACUUCAGUAAGGAUUUAGUUUCGUAGUAUCUCGGUGGAAACAUGAAUUCAAGUCUUUUCACAAAUCAAACUCGUCUUUAAUUUAAUAGUAUCCAAUUAUUACUGAGAGAAGGCAAGGCAAGGCAAAAAAAAAAAUCGAUUGCUUUGUCGACAAGGACGAUGGCGUCUAACUUCUACAGCAACCGGUGGGGUUGCGGAAUAUUUUUCCAAAAAAAAAUUAUAAUUUAUAAAAUUAAUAUAUGUAUUUUAAUAGUUUUAACAAAAGUGAACAGACAAGAAGCAAACAUUUUAAAAAUGACUUCAAUUUUAAAUACAAGACGUUAGAUGGAAAUGAUAAUGAAAUACUUCAGCUAACCAAACAGAAAAUAUUUAGAUUAUAGUAGAAGGUAAAUUCGAUUUCCUUAUUUUGUCUUGAGAAUUUUUACGUAUUACCCAAUGCCAGUUUCACUGGAUGAACUUAUGUAAUUACAUGAAAGUAUGUGAAUUAUUUAGGAAAUUUUAAAUCGUCUCAACACCAUCAUUGUUGCCUAAAUGAUAAGGAGAAUUUUAAUUAUGUUCCAUCUCUUUAAUUGUAAUACGUUUGGUAUAAGUAAAGAUGGAUAGUGAGGCAGUGUUUUUGGAGCGCUUUUCGAUUGAGUUGCGUGAACCAAAACCAAAGUAAUCACAACAGCCAAUCAGAAUAAAGGAGAAUACCUACAAGAGCCAAUGAGAAUUCAUGUAAAAGUGAAAACGACCAAACCGCUAAAAGUGCGGGAAAACGCAGGCGACCAGGUCGUGAUUGGAUUUUGUUUUCCGUCUGAUUGGUUGAGAGAGUGGCUCGAUUUUUUUCUGGACCAAUCACAGAGCAAAGUAACUCACUUGAAAAUCACUCUAUAGAGGUAGUGUUAGACGUACAGAGAGAUUUCAUACUAUACACGCCAAGAUUGUGAAAUAGAGGUUGAUUACAGGUUAUUUUGACCUUAAGUCUGGAAAUUUGAUCAAAUCUAAAUAUACUUUUAUUGAAAGUA